AGUGGCUUUCCCUCUGCUGCUGCUUGUCUUGUUACAGCGGUUGGUAUCCUGCCUAUCUCGGUAAACCGUGGAUAUGUGCAACUUGUGCAGGGUUAGUUGUGUAAAAAGUGAAUCUCUCCGGCUUCCACGCUACUUUUGAGAAACAUUGGACAUGUGUAAGGACAAUAUGCAAACCAUUUUUCUUCUAUCUCAAGUCCAGUAACACGGUUGUACUUCUUAACAUUGGGACUUACUGCCCUAUUUCCUUAUGAAGAAGACAAAACUCUUUCAUGCUGACCAACUUGAAAAAAAACAAACAUUUUAAGUAAUUCUAAGCAACAGUAUGCGCAGACCAGCAGAAACUGUACGUGAGAGAUGGUAUAAUGUGUACAGUAUUUCAGAUUUGGAUAACUGCUUUUAUCUACCCGUUUUUGUUCUUUUGCUUCACGUUUGUGGAACAUUCAUGUGGAUUGGGAAAUGUUAUAACCGAUGAUGUCAACAAAAUUCCCAUUCUGAAAGGGAAUAUACCAAAUGACUACAUUAUUAAAGUGCGCUAUGUUCCUCAGUCAGAAGAAUUGAAUGACAUAUGUUGGUUGAUGCUCAACAUCUAUGAACUGCAGUUAAGUUUAACCAGUCUUGCUGUUAAGUUUGCUGAAACCUCUUCCAACAAAGAAAAUAUUACAAUUCUUAUAGACAUGGUAACGAAAAUGCGGAGGCUCUUUGAAUAUGAGGAAGAGGACGUCAUUGGUGAUUACCACUGCCAUUAUCAAGACGGAAACUUUAAUACCAGUGUCUAUUUUGACUAUUUUAAAAAAAUUAUUGAAACAUAUGAAUUACAUGAGAGGCAGUUCAUCUCUCCUGACUGUGCGUCUCCGCCUUGUCCUACAAGUGAAACAACAACAUUAGUGGCAGGAUCCAUUACCAACUCCACUGAGCUGUUGAUAAUGACUACAACAGCUUGCGUAUCUGCAAGUGACUGCAGUACACAGGAAACAAGACAUGGUAAAAACCGUGAGGCUAAAACCAACACACAAGGAGCAGAACAACUGCACAUACCACUCUACUUGUUACUUCUAAUACCAGUUUUUGGCAUUUUGCUGGUUUUGACAUGGAAGCAUACAAAAAAGAGGAGAAUGAAUACACAAGCAAUACAUGAAAAUGAAACAUUGAAUGUUCAAGACAAUGUAAAUCAAGAAGAUCCUGCAGAAGAAAUGGUCACAUUACAAGCUGUUGUAGAGCUGUAGUUCGACAUGGUGUAGAUGUUGCCAAUAAUACUUGGGUGACAUUGUACAUUUUGCUUCCUGAAGAAGCUGUUUUCUAUAAAUCCACGUAUUCCUCUUAUCUGGAGUGAAGGAUAGAAGUUGGAUUCUUGAUCUGUUGAACUGCUUUCAGAAACAAGAUACUGUAUGACCCCUGAGAUUCUGUGAAUGAUACAUUCAGAGCAAAAUGGAAGUUUGCCACAAUUACCAGGAAACUUGCUGAAACAAUUAUCUACAUGCAAGCAAACUACAAGUUUUCAAAUGCUUUAAGCUAUGAUUCAAACAAAACAUAUCUACACAUUGGUUCAAGAGGAGACAUUGCAAAAAGGACCAUUGUGAAAACAAAGACUUUUAAAUUAUAAUUGGUGAAGGUUUUAGAGUUUUAUCAGAGAAUGUGUAAAUAUUGAUUUUUGUACUGGUAAAGAGUGGGUGAAGUACCUUUGAGUGUUAGAUAACGGUUUCAAAUGUAUGUUUAAAAUCAACAAAAGCUGCCAGCUGACAUAUUCCGCAUCACUAAUGUUGUAUAUGCACUUAAAAAAAAAAAAAAAAAAAAAAAAAAAAAAAAAAUUAACAACAUUCUUGGAGUUGCCUUUUUAGUGUUCCCCUGGACAUGGAGCCUCACUUCUACCCACGUUAUAGAAACUAGUCAUUUUGCUUUGUUGCCUGGUUAUACCAGUAUCAUCAGUAUGAUGGUUGAUCAUUACCUCCAUUCACUCCUAAUCUUUCACCUCUCACAUUGCAAUGCAAAGUGCAUUAACCUGAGAAUAUUAUGCAUACAUACUUAUACUUUUAUAAUGUGGUAGUUUGCUCUUUUCAAGUGCUGUUUUUCCUCUCAAGUAGUAUGCUAGUUAUUGAACUGAGAGUCUUUUACCUAAAUGCCACGUCCACUGACAAUGCGAGAUGUGGAAGUCAAAUAUUACACCGUGUAACAAUUUUUUAAUUUUUUUUUGGUUCCUGGGUAGUAAGUGUUAUUUCCUAAUUGCUUAUGCCUCAAAAGUAUAGAAAAUGGCUAUUAUUCCCCACAAACUUUGCUUUUGUGACCAGGACAGUGAUAUUUUGAAAUUUACCUAUUUCCAAUGAGAAAACGGGCGAAUUUGUGUCUUUUCGUUCACAUAAAGUCAGAAAAAAACAACAUAUGAAUCUAAAUUAACAUGUAUUUAUACUAAAGUAAUGCAAAAAUGACUACAAAAGAUUUAGAAGUGAGUAGUUUUUCGAGAUUUACGAUAAUACUGUAAAUCACUUUCACGAAUCAGCCCCCAAAUGUAGUCUCCCAUCAUGUUCUCGUUAUACUGUCCUUGGUAGCGGCGUUCAAAGUCCAGUAUAUCCUGGUGGAAGCGCUCGCCUUGCUCCUCCGAGUACGCUCCCAUGUUCUCCUUGAAUUUAUCAAGAUGAGCAUCAAGGAUAUGGACUUUGAGGGACAUCCUACAGCCCAUUGUGCCGUAGUUCUUCACCAGAGUCUCAACCAGCUCCACAUAGUUUUCGGCCUUGUGAUUGCCCAGGAAGUCCCGAACCACUGCAACAAAGCUGUUCCAAGCCACUUUCUCCUUACUAGUGAGCUUCCUGGGGAAUUUAUUGCACUCCAGGAUCUUCUUUAUCUGUGGUCCGACGAAGCCACCGGCUUUGACCUUUGCCUCAGACAGCUUAGGGAAGAAGUCUUGAAGGUACUUGAAGGCUGCCGACGCCUUAUCUAAAGCUCUGACAAAUUGUUUCAUAAGGCCCAAUUUGAUGUGCAGUGGUGGCAUCAGCACCUUCCGGGGGUCCCAGCUGUACUCAUCAUACUUCAAGGUGUCCAGCAAGGUCUUGAUGCUGUUGUAAUCCUCUUUGAGGUGCACCGAGUGAGCCAGGGGAAGAGACGGGUACUUAUUAGCAUUAUGGAGCAGCACGACUUUGAGGCUCCUGGAUGAGCUGUCAAUGAAGGACAGUAUAACGAGAACAUGAUGGGGGACUACAUUUGGGAGCUGAUUCGUGAAAGUGAUUUACAGUAUAAUCGUAAAUCUCGAAAAACUACUCACUUCUAAAUCUUUUGUAGUAUUUUUGUAUUACUUUAGUAUAAAUACAUGUUAAUUUGGAUUCAUAUGUUGUUUUUUUCUGACUUUAUGUGAACGAAAAGACACAAAUUCGCCCGUUUUCUCAUUGGAAAUAGGUCAAUUUCAAAAUAUCACUGUCCUGGUCACAAAAGCAAAGUUUGUGGGGAAUAAUUUUCUAUACUUUUGAGGCAUAAGCAAUUAGGAAAUAACACUUACUACCCAGGAACAAAAAUUGUGUUACAUAGUGUUAUCAAAGGUUGUGGCUCCACCCAUCCAGUAAACAUUGGACUUGACUGUGCAUUGAUUUACACCAGCCCUGUUAGCAAAUGCUUACUACUAUUGUUUUAUGAUCUGCAAGUACUGAGGGUGUAACUUCCUGUCUCAUUUCACUAUGGUGUUUAAACCUUAUUUAUAUCAAACCCUAAAAUAAUAGAUAAGUGCAGAAACUUUCUGCAUAUACUGUUAAAAAAAAUAGAGAUAGGCAUUCAUUAACUAUUAAAUACUACUAAUUAUUUGGAUGAAUGUAAAAAUUGCAAUUUAUUUCUAAUAGGUAUAUUUUAUUACCUGAAGAUAACACAUCUAACUGUUUCUAAAUGUUUUUACUUGUCUGAAAGUGUUCUUGAAAUAAAUAAAGCUUUAUAUUUGUAUUCAA